ACUGUCUGUGGCUGUGGUAUGCAUCAGAAUCAGCUGUGUUUUUUUUUUUACAAAUAUUCUAUUUUAACACAUAUUUUAGACAAAUUUGAUAACACACACCGUUUCACGAGUAAUUUUGCUAUGUUUUGCAUACUGUUAUCAUUAUUAAGGUUAUCCAUUUUAGCUAAUACUAACUGCUAUUAACUGCUGUCAACUGCUGACAACUGCUCAUUGGGACCAGAACAGUUUGCUCUAGGUUUAUUUAUUUUAUUUGAUUAAUGUGUAGGAUUGAAGUUAACCACCAACUCGAUUUCCUGUUUGUUAGCGAAGGCCGCUGUGUCCAUCCAGUCCGCCGCAGUGGCAGAUCUACAGAACAUCUGGAUGUGACGGGGGCGGCGCCAGCUCUGCGGACGGAGGGGCGGAAACAGCAGCACGCUCUGUUGUGGUCAAGCUAGCAGCUCGGCGUUUCCACAACAAACCGAUACAGGCAGCCGUGAUUUUUCUGCAUUAUUGUAACACAGCUGCAGUCAAGUUGCGGGACUUUUAAAUCAGCGCUUACAUCACAGCUAAUCGGCACCUGUCAGUCCCGAGGUCUACCUGAUGAGCAUGAGCCAGACUCCAGAGCCUUCUAGUGAUGGCGCCACCGUUACAGAAGAGGCUACAAUAACGACACCCGAGAAGGAGAAGAAGGCGGAUGAAGUGGUAGAGGAAGAAGAGGAGGAGGAAGAGUACGUGGUGGAAAAAGUCCUGAAUCGGCGGGUGGUGAAAGGCAAGGUGGAGUACCUUCUCAAGUGGAAAGGGUUCUCCAAUGAGGAUAACACUUGGGAGCCAGAAGAAAACYUGGACUGUCCGGAUCUGAUAGCAGAAUAUCUGCAGAAACAGAAAUCGGCAAACGAGGGAAAGAGAAAAGCGCCUGGAGAGGCAGACGGRGAUGAAAGCAAAUCGAAGAAGAAAAAGGAGGACCAGAAUGAGAAGUUGAGAGGCUUCGCUCGAGGCCUGGAGCCAGAAAGGAUCAUCGGUGCCACRGACUCUACAGGAGAACUUAUGUUCCUCAUGAAAUGGAAACACUCYGACGAAGCCGACCUGGUGCCGGCAAAAGAGGCCAACGUGAAGUGUCCUCAGGUGGUGAUCUCCUUCUACGAAGAGAGGCUCACCUGGCACUCGUAUCCUUCGGAGGACGAGAAAAAAGACGACAAGAACUAAGGCGGACGAGGUAGCAGGGCUGGGGAAGAGGAAGAACCUUUAGAACUCCAGUGUGAUUUAGAGAGAGAGAGAGAGAGAGAGAAAGACCAGCAAGACAUUGUGGACUCAUUUGUCGUUUUUGGUGUAGUUUCACUCAUCUGAUUCUCCUUUUUAUGUGGAUGUAAUCUAAAUAUAUACACUUCAGAUUUGCCUGAAAAGCCAGAGCAAAGGAAACAAAGCAACGCAGCAGUUAAUUUUCGGCAAACAUUCCAGUCGUUUUUGCUUUGGAUAUYGUUUCCGGUCUGUGUAUCAUGCUUUCUUUUCCCCCCCGUUGUGUGCUUACGGAGCACUACGUUUAGUUCCGAGGCGGACGUUUUCACUGUAAUUGAUUGCCAGUAUUUUUUUGAAAGAUACCGUUCAAAACCGACAGCAGUUGAUGUUGGGGUGUUUGUCUUUUCCCAGUUUCCCAGACAACCACUGUGGGUUUGAUUACUGGUUUGUUUUUCCACUAUGUAAACAAAGGCAAAUUUGCCUUUAUUUUUUAUUUUUUUAGGUGCAUAUCGGUUACAAUAUACUGAGUUUAAAAAUUGAGUACAAUCCGUUUUAUUUUUUAAAAAGUUUAGGAAUGAAAAAGAGCCAAACCAGGCAGGUUUUCCUCAUUUUGGAUUUCAAUCUGAUUGAAAAAAAAAGAACAAUAUAGUAACGUGAUUAGUGAUGUGACCUUAUUUGGUGUUCUACUUGUUUACACAAUCCGAGUUUUUUUAAUUUUUUUUUUCUAAUGAUUUUUGGGGGUCAUUUAAAGGUGUGUAUUGACUGCAGGAACCCYGGGUACCCAGGUACCCUCAUUCUUUUCUUUGUAACAACUGGGGGCCAUAUAAGUAUACACAAGUAGAAAUGUACCACAUAAAACACAUGGUAGUGAAUAAGUACAGCUACGUACUAACCUGAGCCAUCCCGGUGUGGCUAUGUGAUGGGAAGAUGCUUAGCAUUUCUUUUUUUUUUUUGUUGAAUAUUUCCAGCAUCCAGCCACCUCCCAGUUUAAAUCUCUUAGCAGCUCAUGUUUACAUGAAAUUGUUCAACAGUGGUGAGUGAAAUAUUUGUGAUUCAAACCCAGUCACUCAUGUUGAAUGUCAGUUUUACACUGCUUACAUUCAAAACUAAGUUUAGUUCUCUUUCAGCGUGCAACCACUCAAAGAGAGCAAACCAAAUUCUGUUAAAUUGGUUUUAGGGUUAUUGCUAUGAACUUUUUUUUUUUUUCCCCCUGACAUGAGUUGUUUUUAAACGAUAAAAGCAAUGAAACGGUCUCAGAUUAGAGUUGUAUUUGUCUAAUUUCAGUGUGUCAAUACUCUUGUUUCCAGCAUUUUAAAUUCGUUUGUAGCAAGUGGGARUUGAACAAAUCAGACAAUGCGGGAUUAUUAUUCGUUGCAGUGCAUCUUCCAGUUUUAUUAUUUUAUGAAAACUUGUGCAAGCAGAGCAGUGACCCCUCUGUGUUAGCAACGUGAUUUACACCCCACAGUAGGCGGGGUAUUGUAAAACUUUCCAGAAAAUAUUUUGGGGGGUGGGGUGGGGGGGGGGCUGUUCUGGGUUGCGUAGUCGAAACACACCUUUAGCUGCUUUGCUCCAAAUUGUUUGGUGUAAGUUUACAAAUCAUUCUGUGAAUAAUUUGUUCAUUGUAAUCUUGCUAGUGUCUUUCUUUGUUUUACUCGUCACUUUUGGAAAAUAAAACCAAUUUUUGUUACA